CCUCAAUAAAAGCAGCUGUUUAGUUCAGAAAAGGCCCAGAGGCACAUGCAUCAAGGACCUUCGCGAGCCUGGACGAGCGGUGUAACCGGAUGCUGAGGAACAUGGAGGCCUCCCUGACGGCCCGGGAUCGCGUGGGCAUCCAGGAUUUUGUUCUCUUGGACGCCUACACGAGUGAGACUGCCUUCCUGGACAACCUGAAGAAGCGCUUCCAUGAGAAUCUCAUUUACACCUACAUUGGGACUCUCCUGGUGUCGGUCAAUCCGUAUAAAGAGUUAGACAACUACAGCAAGAAGCAAAUGGAUACCUACAUGGGAGUUAACUUCUUUGAGCUGCCACCUCAUAUUUAUGCUCUGGCAGACAACGUCUUCCGUACGAUGCUGUCCGAGUUCAACAACCACUUCAUCCUGAUCUCAGGGGAGAGUGGGGCCGGCAAGACCGAGGCCUCCAAGAAAAUCCUUCAGUACUACGCUGUGAGCUGCCCGAGUACCAGACUCCUAAACAACAUUCGAGACAGACUACUCCUCUCCAAUCCAGUGCUUGAGGCUUUUGGAAAUGCCAAAACCCUGAAGAAUGACAACUCAAGCCGCUUUGGGAAAUACAUGGACAUCCAGUUUGACCACCAGGGUGGCGCAGUCGGUGGCCACAUCCUCAGCUACCUGCUGGAGAAGUCCCGCGUGGUCCACCAGAACCACGGAGAGAGAAACUUUCACAUCUUCUAUCAGCUGGUGGACGGAGGGGAGGACGAUCUUCUCCGCUGGCUCGGCCUUCAGAGGAACUGCCAGCACUACAGUUAUCUGGUGCAGGGGGACUGUGCCAAAGUUAGCUCUAUCAACGAUAAAAGUGAUUGGAGGACGGUGCGAAAAGCCCUCUCUGUCAUAGAGUUCACUGAGAGCGAUAUUGAGCACCUGUUUGGAAUCAUCGCGAGUGUCCUCCACCUGGGUAACAUCAAGUUUGAGGCAGAUGUUCGAGGAUAUGCCACUCUCGACAACAACCAGGAGAUGCACUGGGUGUCAAAGUUACUGGGGAUUCCUGCUCAGGUGCUACAACAGGGCUUAACCCACAGGAAGAUUGAAGCCAAAACGGAAGAGGUGCUCAGUCCCUUCUCCGUGGACCAUGCAGUAUAUGCCAGGGAUGCCCUUGCCAAAGCCAUCUAUGGCCGCACUUUCAACUGGCUGGUCAACAAGGUCAAUGAGUCUUUAGCUAACAAGGAUUCCUCCAGAAAGACAGUGAUUGGUCUGUUGGACAUCUACGGGUUUGAGGUUUUCAACGUGAACAGCUUUGAGCAGUUUUGCAUCAACUAUUGCAACGAGAAGCUGCAGCAGCUUUUCAUCCGGCUGACCCUCAAAUCAGAGCAGGAGGAGUACGAGAUGGAAGGAAUCGAAUGGGAACCAGUGCCAUAUUUCAACAACAAGAUCAUAUGUGACCUUGUGGAGGAGAAAUACAGAGGAAUCAUCUCACUUUUGGACGAGGAAUGUUUACGUCCCGGAGAAGCCACAGAUCUCACCUUCCUGGAGAAGAUGGAGGAAAAGAUCGGCGGUCACCCGCAUUUCGUCACACAUAAACUUGCGGACCAAAAGACGAGGAAAACACUGGACAGAGGAGACUUCCGCCUCUUGCACUACGCUGGGGAAGUUACCUAUUGUGUUGUUGGAUUCUUGGACAAAAACAAUGAUCUCUUGUAUCGAAAUGGAAAAGAGGUCAUGCGACAGUCCAAAAAUGCCAUCAUCAGGCACUGUUUCCCCUCCACUGAGCCGGACAGCAAGAGGAGACCUGAAACUGUGGUGACUCAGUUUAAGAGCAGCCUAGUGGGCUUGACAGAGAUCCUGAUGUCCAAAGAGCCCUGGUACGUCCGCUGCAUUAAACCCAACGAAGCCAAGCAGCCAGGGCGCUUUGAUGACGUGUUGGUGAGGCAUCAGGUGAAGUACCUGGGGCUGAUGGAGCACCUGAGGGUCAGGCGCGCUGGAUUUGCUUACCGCCGCAAAUACGAGAUCUUCCUGCAGAGGUAUAAGCCUCUGUGUCCUGACACCUGGCCCAACUGGAAAGGUACGGCAGCAGAAGGCGUGCGGUGUCUGAUCAAACACCUGGGCUACAAAUCGAAUGAGUACAAGAUGGGCAGGACGAAAAUCUUCAUCCGCCACCCCAGAACUCUGUUUGCAACCGAAGACGCCUUUCAGGUCUGCAAACAUAAGCUCGGUGAGAUGUUGUUCUGUAAACCAAUUUGUAAUGCGGAGGACAGCACCAGAAACCUCUUCAGGGUGAAACUGUUGACUGUUACUGUUGCAGCGACAAGGAUUCAGGCCAAGUACAAAGGCUACAGAGUGAAAGGAGACUACCUGAAACAGAAAGAAGCCGCCACUAGGAUUGAGACUUGCUGGAGAGGCCUGAUGGCCAGAAAGGAGCGAGAAAAGAGAUCUUGGGCUGUCAAGGUCAUCAAGAAGUUCAUCAAAGGUUUCAUGACCAGAAAUCAGCCAGCCUGCUCUGAAAACACAGAGUACCUGGCGUAUGUGAGGCAGAACUACCUCACGCGGCUCAAGGAAAACCUUCCCAAAACGGUCCUGGAGAAAGACUCUUGGCUCACCCCUCCCCCUAUAAUGCAGGAGGUGUCCAAGCUCUUGAAGCAGAUCUACAUUCGCCUCAUGGUAAAGAAGUACGUUCGAGGAAUCACUCCACAGAGAAAAGCACAGCUUCUGUUAAAAUUGCAGACGAGCUCCAUGUUCAAAGGAAAGAAAGAGAACUACCCGUUCAGUGUGUGCCGACCGUUCCUGGACACCAGGAUCAGCAUAGAGGACAUAAACAUCAAAGUGCUUCAGAUGAUACUGCACGAGCAAGUCAAGUACAGCGUACCAGUGGUCAAGUAUGACCGGAACGGGUUCAGGCCUCGUCUGCGGCAGCUCAUCUUCAGCCUGGAGGCCGCAUACCUGGUAGAAGAGGCCAAGAUCAAGCAGCGGAUAGAUUACAGUUUUCUGAAAGGUGUGUCCGUAAGCAACCUGAGCGACAACUUCCUGAUCCUUCAUGUCACAUGUGACGAUACAAAGAAAAAGGGGGAUCUGGUUCUGCAGUGUGACUACCUGUUUGAGGCCCUGACCAAGCUGUGUGUUAUUGCCAACAAGCAGAACUGCUUCAAAGUGGUCCAGGGCAGCAUACGAUUUGACAUCCAGCCCGGCAGAGAGGGGUUUGUGGACUUCAAGAGUGGUCAGGAGUCCAUCGUCUACCGGGCAAAGAACGGCCAUCUGACGGUGGAAUCGACAAGAACCAAGUCAAGAUGAUGAUGCAAUUAAUGUGGAACAACAAUGCUGCUCCUCUUAGUCUCAAACAGCCACGCUUGUUCUAUAAUCCUGCUCCAUGGCUGUUGCCAAUAACAGCCGAAUUUAUUCUUUUUGCAUCUUUAUGACACUGUAACACAAUUUAGUUCUGUAGAUGCUAAUAUUUUACAAUUACUGCCAAUACUUAAGCUGUAUAGAAUGCAAACACACUCAUAGCAGAGCCUAUUAUAUUGAAUAUCAGUGGCUCUGCUUGUUCUCUAAUAUUGUGAGUUUGAAUCAUCUUUAUGUGAACAAACCGUCUCAGAUUCAUGUACAUCGACCAUCUUAAAUAUGAAGAGAAAAGCACUUGUAAUUGAUUUUAUAUUAAAUGUAUUUGAAAUUUUGUCUAGAUUUUAAGAGUAGAGAAAGAUAUUAUUAUGUGUGCAGCCAUGACCAUAUGAAUGUUUAUAAAACCUCUCACAUGCUGUACCUUUACAUUAAAACAUAUUAAACCACAA